GCUCCCUACAGCGCCAUUUAGAGCAAGCACCGUGUGUGUCGUCGCGAGGGCAAAGCUUUAAGAAGCAACCGUUAGCCACCAGACCGACCGUUAAAUCACCCUCCGCGUGCCGCUGUGUGUCCAGACCAGCAGCAGGAUGGCAGAUGACCUGGACAUCGAGGCGAUGCUGGACGCUCCAUACAGGAAGGUGAGACCUCACAGCUCACAUAGAACCACAUCUGAACGUGGUCCAGUCAGGUCUCUACUGGUCCUCACAGCUCACAUAGAACCACAUCUGAACGUGGUCCAGUCAGGUCUCUACUGGUCCUCACAGCUCACCUAGAACCACAUCUGAACGUGGUCCAGUCAGGUCUCUACUGGUCAUCGCAUAGAACCACAUCUGAACGUGGUCCAGUCAGGUCUCUACUAGUUCUCACAGCUCACAUAGAAUCCCAUCUGAACGUGGUCCAGUCAGGUUUCUACUGGUCCUCACAGCUCACAUAGAACCAAAUCUGAACGUGGUCCCUUCAGGUCUCUACUGCUCCUUACAGCUCACAUAGGACCACAUCUGAACGUGGUCCAGUCAGGUCUCUACUGCUCCUCACAGCUCACGUAGAACCACAUCUGUACGUGGUCCCUUCAGGUCUCUACUGGAGCUCACGUAGAACCACGUCUGAACCUGGUCCAGUCACGUCUCUACGGGUCCUCACAGCUCACAUAGAACCACAUCUGAACCUGGUCCAGUCAGGUCUCUACGGUCCUCACAGCUCACAUAGAACCACAUUUAUAUGUAAGUUUAUAUAAGACUGUUUGAACCUGUAUGUUGCCUCCUUACGCUGUUCUCUGACCUCAGGAGGACUCCAAGAACCCGAGCCCUAACGGACAGGAGGAACGCCCCAAGAGGAAGAAGCGCAGCCGCGAAAGGAAGCGCAGCCGGGACAAGAUGCCCAGUCGGAGCCGAGAGCGCAAACGCAGCCGCAGCCGAGAGAAGAGAAGAAGUCGUAGCAGAGAGCGUCGCGGCAGCAGAGAGAGGGGGGGCCGCUACAGAGACCACCACCACCAGCAACGCAGGCGGUCGAAGAGUAAGAGUCCCGUCAGGAAGGAGAAGAGUCCACUCAGGAAGCCCGUAGAUAACCUGACUCCAGAGGAGCGUGACGCCCGGACCGUGUUCUGUAUGCAGUUAGCAGCCAGGAUACGACCUCGGGACCUGGAGGACUUCUUCUCUGCUGUUGGGAAGGUUCGGGACGUGAGGAUGAUCUCGGACCGGAACUCCCGCAAGUCGAAGGGCAUCGCCUACAUCGAGUUUGUGGAGACCAACUCGGUCCCUCUGGCCAUUGGGCUGACGGGGCAAAGGCUGCUGGGAGUUCCCAUCAUCGUACAGGCCUCGCAGGCAGAGAAGAACCGAGCAGCAGCGGCGGCAGCAGCAGCAGCUAACCUGCAGAAGGGAACAUCAGGACCAAUGAGGCUGUAUGUUGGCUCUCUGCACUUCAACAUCACCGAGGAGAUGCUGAGGGGAAUCUUUGAGCCAUUUGGACGGAUUGAGAGCAUCCAGCUGAUGAUGGACAGUGACUCAGGAACCUCUAAAGGCUACGGCUUCAUCACUUUUGCAGACGCAGAGUGUGCUAAGAAAGCUCUGGAGCAGCUGAACGGCUUCGAGCUGGCAGGUCGCCCCAUGAAGGUGGGUAACGUGACGGAGCGGAGCGACGCCUUCUCCUCGUUCCUCGACAGCGACGAGCUCGAACGCUCCGGCAUCGACCUCGGGACCACCGGACGCCUGCAGCUGAUGGCCCGGCUCGCUGAGGGUACUGGUCUACAGAUGCCUCCCGCCGCUCAGCAGGCUCUGCAGAUGAGUGGGGCAAUCGCUUUCGGAGCCAUGGCUGCUGUGUCGGCUGCCAUGAAUCCGAGUCGCAACAUGAACUCCGCUCCUAUGAAUCUUCCCUCUCAGCCGCUCGCCACACACUGCUUCCAACUGUCCAACAUGUUCAAUCCCAACAGUGAGGAAGCUCCUGGUUGGGAGAUGGAUAUCCAGCAUGAUGUCAUAGAGGAGUGUAACAAACAUGGAGGAGUCGUUCACAUCUACACUGACAAGAACUCUGCUCAGGGAAACGUUUACGUCAAGUGUCCGUCGAUCCCUGCUGCCAUGGCCGCCGUCAACGCUCUACACGGACGAUAUUUUGCUGGUAAGAUGAUCACGGCGGCUUACAUCCCUUUGCCCACCUACCACAACCUGUUCCCAGAGUCCGUCACCACCACACUGCCGAUGGCCCUGCCCCCGAGACGAUGACUCGCCAACGACGCUACACUCGGAUUGGACGUCGGACUUUUGUACAUCCUCCUCCUCUAUUGGUCGACACGGACGAGUCAGUUUCACUUCUGUUUAUCAGGUCUGAGAGGAGGGACGCUGUUUGUUCCUUUCCUUCCUGUUUUACUUCCUGUUCAUUCUCAUUAGAAUUUCUGGGCGUGGCCUGUUUUGUGUAUCGUCCAAUGAUUGAGCUCUGUGAGCUGUGGGGAGACCGGCUGAUGACGGUGUCAGCUGAUUGGUUGGUUUGAAGUCUGUUUGGUAUUGAAGUGUUUUCUAAGAAUUUGAUUUUGUAAAAUCCUUUAUUAAAUCUUAUUUUGAAGUCA